AUGGGUGAUAAUUCAUUAGAUUGGGCUAAUAUACUUGCUGGAUCACCAGAUUCUGAUGAAAUAACGUCUCUGUUAAUUAAUGAUUUCAAAUCUAAAAAUCCAGAAGAUGAACAGCUGCAGGACAGCAGCAAAUUCCUACUACAACGUGCAACAAUGGAACUAUACCAGCAGAACAAUCAUGGUGUUAUGAGAGAUGUUGAAACUGGAUCUUCUUCUUUCUUAAAUGAUCAGAAUAAUAUGAUGAGCAUUGGAGUGUGUUUGGUGAAUCCACUAGGGUUCCCUUAUAGACCUCAAAUGCAGGUUUUGCCUGCACAUGCACCAUCAGGAAGUGGUCUUCAAUGGUCCGGUUUACUUUUUAACAUUAAAGGGAGAAACAGAAUGCAAGAAGCCAUUGGAGAGGCUCAGCAAAGGAAGAAAAUGAAUAAGAUCAGAAACAGAAUUUCAGCAGCAAAAUCUCGAGCAAAGACUCAGGAGCGUACAAGGUUUCUGGAAGAAAAAGUGGAGCAUUUGAGAAAUGAGAAUGCACAUUUGAAGAAAUUACUUUCCCCGGAAAGAAAAGGGAUUGAAGAAAAAAGGCAAAGCAGUGUUUAG